AGUUAGAGGGUUGGAUAAAGAGGACUCAAGGGUCGGUGAUGAACACCCAUUGACAACUGAACCAAGUAAAGUUCGCAGCGUACACAGCGGCAGUCUAAAACAAGUGAACAACCAGCAAGCAUGGAGAAAGAAGAAGAAAAGGGAAGCAUGGGUGGAUAUGGAGUACAAUGUUAUGUCGGAGUAGCCCACUCUGUUGAAAUAGUUCUAAUCCUCCAGGAAAGAUUCUACAUGGAAGGUUAUUUCACAUGCCGUCUAAGGGCUAUAGGAGGCAAAAUGGUAUUAUUGGACUGUGAGGAUAAGGAGGAGCUAAAAGAAUUAAUUCAGGGUGCAGCUAGCUGGUUAAGCCAAUGGUUCGCAGAUGUCAAGCCAUGGUCUCCAUCAUUGGUAGCAAAGGAAAGGUUUGUUUGGCUAAGGUGCCUGGGAGCACCAUUACAUGGUUGGGGGCCAGAGUUUUUUGAGUCUAUGGUGACGGCAUGGGGGAAAUUUAUCAGCCUGGAUGACAACACAAGCAAGAAAAGAAGGUUUGACGUUGCUCGAAUCCUAAUCUCCACGCCGAUUAUGGAGUCAAUCUCAAUUAAAAGGCAUAUCAAAGUUAAUGGAGUCCUCUACAAUCUCAUGUUUACGGAAGAGAAAGCGUCUAACAGCCUUCUCUCUAUGAAAUUUGAUUUUCUGCCAAGCAUCAAGAGUGACUCUGAAUAUGAAGAAUCCUGGUCAGAAGGCUUGGAUAUAGAGGAAGAACCAGGAGAGAAUGGUCGUAAAGAUAACAGGGAUUCAAGCGCCGGGGACGGGAACACUGUAGGGGAUUUUUCGGACCAGAUCGGGAAAGACAAACGAGUGCCUGCCAUUCCAGAUUUCGAGGCACAUUUUGAAUUUGAAGGAGAUUUGCAUGAUGAAGUAUGUCAGAAAAAGAAGGAUAUGAUCUAUUACAGCUGGAUAGGUGAAGAGGAGUUAGUUGAAGUGGUUGCAGAUAGUCUCAAGGAAUGCUUAGCAGGUAGUGACGUGGGAAGCAGAGAUGAAGAAGAAACACCGACUGUUGAGUCGCAGAAUUGGGUCAGCUUAGACCCAAUUGAAGCCUCAAAAGAUGCUACAAGGUCCUGAUGGGCUAAGCCCAACUACCAUCAUCCAGCCCACUCUCAACAAAAUUUUGGAGGCCUG